AUCCGUGUUUCCCUAGGUAGACGGAAGUGCAAUGCAGAUGGACCAGUGACCGUUCACGAAGCGGGUUGCAGAUUGAUUGCCAUAGACUGUAUAAAAAAAGCUAGCUAACCUAGCUGUGUUGGGGAGUGUUUUCGUUUUGCUGUUGCUAUCCAGAAGGAAGGCAUCGUUACGAGCAGGAGUGAAGUUACUUUUCAACACGUGUAAGACCCACCUUCAGAGGCUCACCUGAGAUGGGACGCAGCAGGUCUCGCGACGGGUCCGACGUCAGGACACAAAGCAGAGAGGGGAGGGAGAAAAAGCAAGAGAAGAAGAGGAGAAGUUCUUCAUCUUCAUCUUCCAGCAGCAGCGCCAGCCCUUCCCCCAAACGGAAACCGUGUCCUGCCUCCAAGAGUCAAGAUAAGAGAGAAGACCAGAAGAAGAAGAAGAAAAGGAGGCGCAGCUCCUCCAGCUCCUCUUCCUCCUCAAGCUCUUCCUCCUCGUCCAGUGAUGAGGAAGCCAAGCGCAAGAGGAAGAGGAGGAAGGCCAAGAAGAAACUGAAGAAAAUGAAGGCUCGGGAGAAAAAGGAGAAGAAGAGGCUGAAGAAGCUGAAGAAGAAGGCCGAGAAGGCGGAGAAGGCCGAGAGGGCCCUGGUUCCUACACUUCCCAGCAUGCCUGUGGAGAGAGCCCUGGUUCCUACACUUCUCAGCAUGCCUGUGGAGAAGGCCCUGCCUGUGGAGGAUUUGCCGUCUUUCCUGGAGACUUGGCAGAGUGAGGAGACCAGCGAGCAUGGCCCAGCCAUGACGGACGAACAGAAGGCACGCAUCUCCACCAAGAGGCCCAUGACCAAGGACCAGUGGGAUGCCCAGCAGAGUGUGAUCCGCAGGGUGGUCGACCCCAAGACCGGCUACACCAGGCUGGUGCGGGGAGAUGGGGAGAUCCUGGAGGAGAUCGUGAGUCGAGAGAAACAUAAAGACAAGCAAGCCUCCAAGGGGGAAGGGAAGAGAAAGGGCAAUCGAUAGAGUGCCAGGACCGUGUGACCCACAUCGAUCGAUCGAGUGCCAGGGCCUUGUGAUCCUCAGGGGUUUGGGCAAUGGAUUUUGGUCAGUCUGGGUUUACAGUCGUCUGGGCGGUACCAGGGCCCGCCUCCCAGUCUCUGUCCCAACUUCACAGCAGGAGCCAACAAUGCGGCAAAAAAGAUGGCUUCCGAUCGGACCUUUUCUCCCCCGAAGGUCUCCAGUGCAGCUCAGUCACAUUCCAUAGUAUGGAGUAUGGAGUAUAUAUAUUUUUUCUCCGUUUUUCCCGUUCUCAGUUGCAGGAUGUAUAUUAGUUUCUCACUUAUCCACAAGAUGGCGCCAAAUAGCUUCUCUGCAUUGGAUUAUGGAACGUACUACUCACCCCUAUUGUCUUUACCAUGAAACCACUUUAAAGGAACAUUUAUUUUAAGUUUUAGUCCAUGUUUCCUUAUUGGCCCAGACAGUGUUUUGUGUGUAAUGAAGGACAUGUUAGAUACUUGCAGAUGUUUGUGAUGACCAACUGCCUUUACAAUGACUGGUGUAGGUGCAUUUUUUUCAUUUUUUUUUGGUCAAAAGCAAGAUAAUACAAUUCAAUGCAGCUUGAGUAGUGAUUACUUUUCUUAUUUUUUUUAUUUUUUUUCCAGGGUCUGUAUAUAUGAACAGAUGCAUUUUAAUACUGUUGAUUCACAAUCAUAAUCAUAUAAACAAGUUUUUAUGUCA